AACUAAAGAUUUUUUCAUAAGAAAUAAUUUGAAGCAGUUUUCAAUCCAUUAACCCAAAAGCAUCGCAAUGGGGAGCAGCAGAGCUUUGCUGAUGCUCGGCAACUUCAAAUUCAAACCCAGUUUUCCCUUUGCUUCUUCUUCUUCUUCUUUAAAACCAUUCUCCCCAAUCAUUAACAAUAAUCUCAGAACUCGAAGUUUCUCCACGAAAACAAGGUCCUCUUUGCAGCCACCGGAUUUGCCUCGCUUGGCUGAAACUGCUCGAAUUUCACUCGCCCCUAAUGAGGUUGAAGAAUUUGCUCCCAAAAUCCGACAAGUUAUAGACUGGUUUGGGCAACUUCAAGCUGUUGAUCUCGGCAAUGUGGAGCCAGCUCUUAGAGCAGACACCGAAGGCGAUAAUUUGCGCGAAGAUGUUCCGGAAACAUUUGAUAACGAGGAAGCACUGAUAGCGUCUGUUCCAAGUUAUGAGGAGCCAUAUAUCAAAGUUCCUAAAGUAUUGAACAAGGAGUGACACUAUUCGGAACAUAGGAGAGCAUCAUCGAGUAAUACGAGGAGGGAGGGAAGGAAGCUUUCUCUUGUAACAAAUGCCUUUCGGGUUUUUCGGAAGCUUUUCGAUAUAGGAGAGCAUAUGUCUCUGUAAGUGUAAUGUUUUUAUAAGCAGAACUGUUGAAACCAGUAAUAUUGGGAGAGGUAAUUUUGAUGGCAUGUCUCCUUCACGAGGAUUCAAUGGAAUAAAUGGUUUAAUCAUAGGGUU